AUGGGAUCUUUCUACUAUCUCGUAAAUGGACUUGACCAUGAGUUUCCGGGCGCCGGCAUCAAUCAUAAACGUUUGUAUACGCACACUACCCACAGAAUCCUUCUCAAGCUUUAUGAGCUUACAAGUAAAGUCGAAUCUCCUUGGGAGACGUUUGUCGGACUCUUCUUGAGCAAUUCGGCCGUCCUAGCAUCACCUCUCCAAGACCGACUCCUCCGUCUACUGGUCUCAAACAACGUAGUCGAGAUGACUCCCGACGGAACCUACAAACCCACAAAAUUCUGCACUCAGCUCGCAGACUCGGACUUUGGCACCACCGCAGAAUUCUGGCAAAUUCCCAUGUUCACCCACAUGCCCACCUUCUUCCAAGAAACAUCCUACAAAAACCCUCGCAGCGCUCGCAAAACGGUCUUCGACUCGGCCCACGGCUGGCAAGGCGGCCUCUUCACCUACCUCGAGGCCAACCCGGCGCAAGGCAAGGCUUCGAGGUUGUACUUGGAGGAUUUACCUUCCGUCCUAGCGGACAACAAGACUUCCGUGUCGAAGGGGAUCAAUAAGGUGGCGUAUGAUUUCUGCACGCCUCAGCCGAUCAAGCACGCCCGCGCAUACUACAUGCACCACAUCCUCCACGACUGGCCCGACAAACAAGCCCGCAAAAUUCUCGAGAUUCAAAAGGCCGCCCUGAAACCGGGGUACAGCCGCAUCCUGAUCCACGACCAAAUCAUGGACGACGACGAGCGCACGGAGAAGGAGUGGAGGGCGCUGGUCGAGUCGGCUGGGCUGAGGGUCGUCAAGAUUUGGAGGGUGCCGGCUGCGGUGCAGGGGGUCAUUGAGGUUGGGUUGCGGGAAGGGUCGAAGCUUUGA